AAUGCUAAAAAAUUGUAGUGUUAAGACAAAUUUAAAUAAUGGAUAUUGUAAACAAUAUUUAUUUUAUACAAAUAUUAAUAUAAUUGUUAUACUUUUAUCGAUUUUAGUCUUUAAUUUUAAUGUUACAUCGACGUCUGCAGGACUGCAAGGAGAAACAAUUGAUCGAUGGGCGCAAACAUUUGGCAAUGAAUUAUGGGAACUUGGUAAUACUAUUACAAAAGCAGACGAAAUUAAAGCUAGAUACACAUCGUACAAUGCACAAAUUGAGAAGAAAAAUGUAACAAAAUUAUUAAAAUCCGUCGUUGAAAAUGUUAGUCGAAUGUUAAGUCGAAAAAUGGAUGCAAUAAAGUGUAUCCUAAACGCAUCAGAAGAAAUAGCUUUAAGAUAUGAAAGACCAGAAGAUUUAUUCUACCGAUUUCCAGAAAAUGGUACUAUUAAUACUGAAAACAUUACAUAUUAUAGUUCCAAAUACUCACCAGUGAUUAACGAUGACGCCGUCGACAGUUUGGAUUAUUAUCAACCUGAAUUACCAGAAAUUAUAGAAAAGAAUAAAAACAUGUAUUUACUAAUGGAUCUGAAUCCGGAUACAAAUUUUUAUAACAUACCGGUGAACACGUCACAUAGUAGUGUUCAUGUUCCGACGAAUGUUUACGAUUUGUAUGAAAAUGUGCUCGAUACGAUCGAAUGGUCAAAAGAAUUGGAUUCAACAUUCACACAAAAUUAUAAAUCAGAUCCUGCAUUAUCGUGGCAAUAUUUUUGUAGUGCAAAUGGUGUGUUACGGCAUUUUCCCGCUAUGCAAUGGAAUCAAAAUAAUGUCGAUUUAUACGAUUGUCGAAAACGAUCUUGGUACAUUGAAGCAGCGACUUGUAGCAAAGACGUGAUUAUUUUACUGGAUAUCAGCGGUUCAAUGAGAGGCCAUAAUAAUUGGAUUGCCGGACUAACUGUAUCCAGUAUCUUGGAUACACUAUCCAACAACGAUUACGUCAACAUUUUUUCUUUUAACAAUGACACAUAUGAUUUAAUUGAUUGCUACAGUGAUCGAUUAAUUCAAGCCACGUUUGAGAACAUUAAUCAUCUCAAAGAUGCCGUAAAAUCUAUAACAAAAACGGAUUUAAAUUCAACAACAAAUUUUCAAAUUGCUUUCCAGAAAGCUUUUGAAAUUCUAAAAGAGUAUCGAGAAAUGCGUAACUGUAACAACGAACAAAAUAACAAUUUACAAUCAUGUAAUCAGUUAAUAAUGUUGAUCACAGAUGGUGUUCCUUCAAAUUUAACAGAAAUUUAUUCAAUUUAUAAUCGGGUGCAUUAUAACGCGUCAGCGGAUAAUAUGACAGCGGAUACAAUGAAUACAACUACUUCGAAUAACACGAAUUAUAUGUCGUUAAUACCUGUCCGAAUCUUUACGUAUCUGAUUGGAAAGGAGGUUACCAAAGUACGGGAAAUUCAAUGGUUGGCAUGCCUAAAUCGCGGUUAUUAUGUGCAUAUUGAGGAUCUGGAGGAAGUUGAUGAACAAGUUUUAAAAUAUAUUCCAGUUAUUGCGAGACCUUUGGUUUUACAAGGAAUUGAACAUCCAACUACUUGGACGCAUGCGUUUGUGGAUUUAACGAGUGAAGACGAUGAAGACGAAGGUGAUUAUCGUUUAUUAACAUCCGUUACGAUACCAGUGUACGAUAAGAAGAUGAAUAGUGAUAAUGAAACCACAAGAGCGGAUUUACUAGGAAUCGCCGGCACGGAUGUACCUUUAGAAGAUAUCGAAAAAUUAACUUUGCCAUACAAACUUGGAGUGAACGCAUAUUCAUUUGUUGUCAGUAACAAUGGAUAUUUAUUAAAACAUCCCGAUUUAAGACCGUUUUAUCAAGGAGUAUUAAAAGAAAAUUACAACAGCAUCGAUUUAAUGGAAGUGGAACAAGUUGACGAUCACAAUAAUUUAGGUGUACGAGAAUUGAAUAACAUCACACUAAAAUUACGGGAGUCAUUAGUAAAUCAUGAAUUCGGUAACAUCAUGGAUGUUCCAAUAAAAUAUCAUUGGGAUAAAAUGAGACGAAUCCAUGAACAAUCGAUGGACUAUUACUUCGCACCAUUACAUAAUACACCGUUUUCAAUUGGUUUGGCAAUACCGAAUAAUUAUGGUGAUAUGUGGAUCAAAGUUGGCGAUGAACUGAAGAAAAAUUUACAUAUGGGUCAAGAUAUUACAAAAUUUUUUAAUACAAACUUGAAUAACAAUACCAAUGUCAAUAUUAAUUGGAGAGUGCAUCCAGAAUGGGUUUACUGUAAAUAUCAUUACGUCGAAGGUCACGAAUUUAACUCCAGUGAAAGUGAAUUAAUACACUUUCUAAAAAAAAUGUCCAACGAUUUACCAAAUUGGAAAUGGUCCGAACAGUAUGAAGCCGAUCCCUUACUAGACGAUAUUUCAUGGGGUCCAAAUGGUACUUUAGCGGAAUCGCGAGAAUUUAAUUGUGGUCGUAAAACACUAAACGAUGACGACUAUUAUUGCAACAAAGAAUUGGUACAGCGAUUAGUAUUCGAUGCCAAAGUUACUGAACCAUUUUUAUACGAUAAUUUUGAUACUUUAAAUACCACCAGCGAUAAUCAACUAUAUAAAUUGUAUAACGUUUAUUUGCGAUUUAUUGCAACAAUGAGCGGAUUAACUCGUUGGCAAUACAUGAAAAAUCAGGAUAAACAUACACGAAAGGAAUUCGGUAAUGUUCAUCCAAAAUCAAUUGAUGAAACUUGGUAUAAAAGUGCGGUUUUCCAACAUGAAAUCGAUGAUAAUUCGUAUAUUUUAUCGGUACCGUUUCAAGAACCAACAACAUCACCGAAAAAUAGUUAUAAUAAAAAUGACAAGACGAAAUUAUUGGUGACGGCUUCACAUGCGAUUUUCCCGAGAGAUGGCGGUAACGAAGCACCUGGUUCGGUUGUUGGUUUUCAAUUUGAACUUAGUAAAAUGUAUGAACGAUUUAUGGAGAUUACGUCGAGAGUUAUUUGCCAAACCGAUACCGUAAACAAGGUCAACAAAUGUAGUGAGAAAUGUCAAGGUGACAAAUUAGAUUGUUACGUCAUCGACAGCAAUGGCUAUGUCGUUUUAAGUGAACAAAUGUCAGAUGUAGGACGAUUCUUCGGUGAAAUCGAGGGAGCUGUAAUGGAAACAAUGAUUAAUUUAAAUAUUUAUAAAAAAAUCACAAUCUACGAUUAUCAAGGUUUAUGUUUCUUCGAGCAUUCAUACUUCGAUGACGCUUCUACAAACACCUUUCAUAUUCUUUCGAGUGUAUUCAACAUGAUUAAAUUGUUUGUAACGAGAAUUGUUUAUACACUGCUCGAAACAAAUUUAUAUCAAUUAUGGAAUUCAGUGAGCGCAUCCAUAGAGGAAAUUUUACCAUCCACGUUACCAACACAAGAAUAUGUUAGUGCAUGCGCAAAACCAGAAAAUUGGUCUCAAAUGGUUGUGCCAAAGAAGAAAUUACGGAAAGGACAGAAUCAAGAGGAGGAAGAUUUCUUUAAUAAACCAAGAGAGUUGAUUUGUGAGCGUAAACAUCGAGCGUGUGAUAAACAAAUUGAUUUGUAUAUAUUACAGCAAAAAAAAUUUAUUGACGGGGAUAUACGAUAUAAUGGAAAAGUUCCAACAACUUGUUCUAGGCCAUUUUAUAUAAAGAGAAUUGUCCAUACAAACUUAUUACUAGUCGUGGUCGAUGGUAUGAAGCCAACUUGUUACACCAAAAUUUUUGCAUUACCCAGAGACAUUAUUUACGACAAUUAUACGCAACCGCCAUGUCAUAAACUUGCAUUAAAUGAUUUACCUAGGCGUCGUUUGGCUGGCUGUUAUACAGAACAUCCAUUGGAGGAACAAGUGGAAGCCUGCGGGGAUGCAAGUUCGAUAGUUGUAAACACAAGUAUCCAAUUGUUGUUAUUUAUUUAUAUAUUAUUUAUUGCAGACACUGGAAGGGGCCAAUACUCAUCCGCUCGAUAA